CGGGUGCGCAUCAUCAGGCAGGAGCAUCCAGAGGUAGAGUAGAAGGUGUAUAAUGGCUGCGGUCUUCCCUGUAGAUGUCCAGCAGCUACUGGUGAUAAAAGAAGAGGUUUCCCAUGAAUGUGAAUGGAGCCCCAGUGUGAACCAUCCUGACUCAGAGCUGUGGAAAAAUCAAGAGCGAGUUCACUGUAAUGGGCUGGAGGAGGAUAUCAAGAGGUUUCCAUUUACUGUUGUUCAUGUGAAGAGUGAAGAUGAAGAAGAGAAGCCUCAGUCAUUAAAGGUUCAUCAAAACCAAAAUAGAAACAAGAUAGAGACUGAGACUCAAGCGAGCAACUCCUCUGAACAGAGGAAAAUGGACCGAAGUACAAAUAACAAUAUACAAACAAAUACUGAUGGCGAAGCACCGGAAUCUUCUGAGACUGAAGUCAGUGAGGAUGGCUGGCAGGAACCUUUGUCAGAUUGUGGACCUGAAACUGACGACAGCGACAGCCAAUUGAAUGACGACAGAACACCUGAGUCAGGUGUAAAUAAUGCAAAAAGGUCUUCCAGUUGUUUGGUGAAUGAGAGAAGUUCUAGAGUGGAGCAAAGUGUUGAUUCUCAGAUGAAGCGAUUUGGAUGUGAUGAUUGUGGUAAACGAUUUAACCAAAUGAAAGAUCUUAGAGUACACAUGAGAGUCCACACGGGAGAAAGACCAUUCUGUUGUGCAGAUUGUGGUAAAAGAUUUAGAUAUCAAGGAAGUCUGAAUGUACACAUGAGGCUCCAUGCUGGAGAGAAACCGUAUGCUUGUGAUAAAUGCGGUAAAAGAUUUAGCCUAAAGACAAACCUUACCAGACACAUAAGAGUCCACACGGGGGAGAAACCAUUUAGCUGUGACAUUUGUGGACAAAGAUUUAACUAUCGAAGAAAUCUUAACAUGCACAUAAGAGUGCACACAGGAGAGAAACCGUUUAGUUGCGACAAUUGUGGGCAAAGAUUUAACCAAAAGAUCGAACUUAGGAGACACAUGAGAGUUCACACAGAAGAGAAACCGUAUACCUGUGGCGAUUGUGGUAAAACGUUUAGUUACCAGUGUAAUCUGAAGACACACAUGGCACUCCACAAAGGAGAAAAACAGUUUGUUUGUGGUGUUUGUGGUAACAUAUUUAACCAAGAGGGGAAUCUAAAGAUACACAUGAGAGUCCACACAGGAGAGAAACCAUUUGGUUGCGAUUUCUGUGGCAAAAGAUUUAAUCAAAAGAUUCAUCUUGAGACGCACAUUAGAGUUCACACAGGGGAGAAACCUUAUAACUGUGGAUUUUGUGGCAAAAGAUUUAGACACCAGUGUAAUCUAAAGAUACACACCAAACUCCACAAGGAAUAAAUAAGUAU